UUUGUUCAGAUAAUCUGUUCUGCCUCCAUUCUAUCAUCAUCUCCUAAAGGUCUCUCUCUCUCACACACACACAGAAACACACACACAGAACACAGUGGCACACGCACUCUAAAGACUUGUUUUUGCUUUAGGAACACACAUAUGCGCUAUUUCAGUUUUUAUGAUAACUGCAUCUUGAAUUGUAGCUGUUUGAUAGAAUGCCUGAGUGAAGAAGCCCAGAAAUUGAUUCCACGCAGAUGAUGCUGCAGAAUUGAGUGUGCAAUUUGAUUUGCAAUUUCAACAACUUCUUUCACUUUUCAAGCCGACCAGUGGCAGUGAAGUGAACGGAGUUGAUUACUUUGUCGCUCAUUGAAUCGUCAGGACGCAAAAUGCCUGCUUUUGCUGCAACCAGGGUGCUGCUUCUUGUAGGUGAUACUUUAUCAUCACGAAAAUUUUGUGGAUUUUCGCGUGUAGUUCCAUUAUACAGCAGCGUGCGGUUUUUUGGUCGGGCUAAUGAGAGUGAGACUCUCACUCUCGCAAGUCUUGGUUUCAAGAGUGAAAUUGAGUCGACUCGGGGAAAUGACAAAAACAAACUUAAGCAUGGGACUUCCACCGUAGAGGUCCCUAAAAGAAGAGAAAAGAAAAUUAGCCCUAAAGAAACUAGUGCAUUUAAAAAGAAAGAGAGAGUUGAUAUAGAGGCAUUGGCCCCAUUUGCUGCGAAAUCUUUCUCCGAGCUUGGCCUUCCUCCCUUGUUAGUUGAAAGGUUAGAGGAGGAAGGCUAUAAAGUUCCAACAGAUGUUCAGGCUGCAGCAAUUCCCACUAUUCUUAAGGAUCAUGAUGUUGUCAUUCAGUCCUACACAGGUUCAGGAAAAACGCUAGCAUAUCUUCUUCCUAUUCUCUCUGAAAUUGGGCCACUCAAGAAGAAUGAUGAACCUAGGAACAAGAUGGAUGUAGAAGCAGUGGUUGUGGCCCCAUCAAGGGAGCUUGGGAUGCAGAUUGUGAGGGAAGUUGAAAAGCUACUUGGACCUGCAGAUAAGAGAUUGGUGCAACAACUUGUUGGAGGUGCGAACAAGUCAAGGCAGGAAGAGGCACUUAAAAAGAACAAGCCGGUAAUCGUCGUGGGCACACCUGGACGGAUUGCCGAAAUCAGUGCAGCAGGGAAGCUUCAUACGCAUAGCUGUCGGUAUUUGGUUUUAGAUGAGGUUGAUGAACUCCUUGCAUUUAAUUUUAGGGAGGAUAUGCAUCGCAUUCUGGAGCAUGUUGGUAGGAGAUCUGGUGCAAGUAAAAAUAUAAUGAAUGGUUCUAAAGCUAGGCGAACUGAACGUCAGACUAUAAUGGUUUCUGCAACAGUUCCAUUUUCAGUUAUUCGAGCGGCUAGGAGUUGGGGUUCUGAUCCACUUCUUGUCCAAGCCAAAAGCGUUGUCCCACUUGAAUCUGUCACUGCUCCUGAUCCUACUAGGCUGUCAGAAACACCAUCUCAUUCCGAUUCCGGUUCAAACUUGCAGAAUCAAGCCCCAGUUCAGAGCCUACCACCUUCUCUGACACACUAUUACUCUGUUACAAGGAUACAACACAAGGUGGACAUGUUGAGAAGAUGCAUACAUGCACUUGAUGCAAAAUGUGUCAUUGCUUUCAUGAACCAAACCAGACAGCUAAAAGAUGCCGUCUUCAAGUUAGAGGCUCGUGGAAUGAAAGCAGCAGAGCUACAUGGGGAUCUUGGCAAGCUUGCAAGAUCAACCAUCUUAAAAAGGUUCAGGAAUGGGGAUGUGAGGGUGUUAUUGACCAAUGAACUUUCUGCUAGAGGAUUAGAUAUACCAGAAUGUGAUCUUGUAGUUAAUCUGGGCUUGCCUACUGACUCAGUCCAUUAUGCACACCGAGCUGGACGAACAGGGCGGCUUGGCAGAAAAGGCUCUGUGGUCACCAUCUGCGAGGAGCCAGAAGUCUUUGUUGUGAAGAAGAUGCAGAAGCAGCUUGGGGUUGCUAUCCAGUCUUGCGAGUUUGCAGAGGGAAAACUUGUUGUUAAUGAAGACAAAAAACUGUAAAAGUUACUCGGUAGUUGAGUUCUUUAUUUUAUGAUAAUCUUGUGAUGAGGAGAACUUUUGAGCUUUCUUCUUCUUAGCUAGUCCUACUGUUUUUGAGUUUGAUUAUAUAAUUUCCUAUUAACAGUAUUUUAGAUACUUUCA